UGGCGAAGCGGGACAGUACGAUGGUGGAGCGAGACAGUAUGAUGGUGACAGUCCGUCGUACUGUCGCGCUUCGCCAUCGAACUGUCGUGCUUCUCCGUCGUAGUGCCGCGCUUCGCCAUCGCACUGUCGCGCCUCACCAUCGUAGUGUCACCAUCUUACUGUCGCGCUUCGCCAUCGCACUGGCACGCUUCGCCAUCGCACUGUCGCGCCUCACCAUCGUAGUGUCACCAUCUUACUGUCGCGCUUCGCCAUCGGACCGUCGCACCUCACCAUCGUAGUGUCACCAUCUUACUGUCGCGCUUCGCCAUCGCACUGUCGCGCCUCACCAUCGUAGUGUCAUCAUCGUACUGUCGCUCUUCGCCAUCUUACUGUCGCGCUUCGCCACCGCACUGUCGCGCCUCACAAUCGGAGUGUCAUCAUCGUACUGUCGCGCUUCGCUACCGCACUGUCGCGCCUCACCAUCGUAGUGUCAUCAUCGUACUGUCGCGCUUCGCCAUCGCACUGUCGCGCUUCGCCAUCGCAUUGUCGCGCCUCACCUUCGUAGUGUCACCAUCUUACUGUCGCGCUUCGCCAUCGCACUGUCGUGCCUCACCAUCGUAGUGUCAUCAUCGUACUGUCGCUCUUCGUCAUCUUACUGUCGCGCUUCGCCACCGCACUGUCGCGCCUCACCAUCGUAGUGUCAUCAUCGUACUGUCGCGCUUCGCCAUCUUACUGUCGCGCCUCACCACCGCACUGUCGCGCCUCACCAUCGUAGUGUCAUCAUCGUACUGUCGCGCUUCGCCAUCUUACUGUCGCGCUUCGCCACCGCUCUGUCGCGCCUCACCAUCGUAGUGUCAUCAUCGUACUGUCGCGCUUCGCCAUCUUACUGUCGCGCUUCGCCACCGUCGCGUUUCACUGUAUUUUCUCCGUUUGCUUAAGGGCCGACUUUAAUUAGACUCUGUAUUGUAUAUUAUUGUCAGCUCUGUCCAAUCAUGAAAUAAUUGGAACGCCUUUCGGCAUGGGUAUUAUUGAAAUGAAUAACACCAUACCUGAUGCUAUUCAAAUGCAAACUCCCCGGCAGAGUAUCACUCAAUAGCAUCUGGUAUGAUGAUAUUAAAAAUAUCAUACCUUAAUAUUGUUUAAAAUGUACUAAUCCAAAAUAGGCUUCGUUGGUCUAUGACUAUUUUACAUUGUUUACUUGAGGGAUAAUAAAAACGAAUAUCAGCCAACCGAGUGUUAUUUAUAAACAAAAUAACAUUGUAUUCAAAAUUAACCUUUCUGCGGAAAAAUAAACAGUAAUGUAUUUAUAUGUAAUUAAUAAUGUAAUGUAAAUCCCUACUGUUAAUUUGUGCUUGUCCGCGGACAGACGGAAUGCAAAUACGCACUUGUUGUUCGCAGUCUAAAAGUCUCGAGUCGGACAUAGGAAUUCCACAUCUAAAGGAAUUAUGUUUCAUUAAUUUGUUUGUUUGGUAAUUAAUGGCGAUUAAAUUAUCAAGGUUAAAGUGAUGAUAAUUGUUGCUUUAAACUUCUAUACGAUCAAUAGUGCACACAUGCGGAUCAAUUAGUGAAGUAUACCUCAUACGCAUGUUGGCGAUAAACAAAUCAAUUAAGCGUGUCACCGUUUAGAAGUUGUAAUUAUGCCUCUGGGCAAAUACCCUUCCUGCAACCGACUUCGCACGUUUUUGUCGAUAAAACUACGUUUGUUCAAACAGUUUAAGGACAAUUUUUUGCAAUAUUUUUUGUAGCAUUUUUAUAAAUUAAUCGCCAUUUUCUAUCGCCAAAAAUUGCGUUUUAAUCGACACUUUAAUAAAAUAAUCGCCAUUUGGCGAUAAUGUCGAUCGGCAGCGCGAGCACUGAUUAAUUGUUUUGUGAGAAAAUGUUGUUUAAUUAGCUCAUAUAUUUCAAGCCAUGAAACGUUAAAAGUAUAUAUUGUCAGUUAAAAAUGAUAAAAUACACUGUUGUAAAAAAAUUGCCUAUAAAGCCUCUGGGCAAAUUUUACGCAAAAGUGUUAAUUCUGUCUGAAUACAAUUGUUUGUUUCCGCUAACCAGACCGACCCUGUCCUUUUACAACUGACCUUAAAGUUUUAAUUGAAGAAACGCAUUGGAUAAAAUGUAGAUUUACGUAAAACAAGAUUAUUAGGCCUAGUAAAUAAAUCCAAAGCAGGUCCCUGCGUCUGACUGUACAAUUCUUUCAUUAAAGACGGCCCUUAAGUAAACAGAGAAAAGUUGGUGAAGCGCGAGAGUACGAUGGCGAAGCGCGACAUUACGAUUGUGACACUACGAUGGUGAAGCACGACAGUGCGAUGGCGAAGCGCGACAGUACGUGACACUAUGAUGGUGACGCCAUCGCACUGUCGUGCUGUCACCAUCGUACUGUCGCGGUUCUCCACCGUACUGUCGUACUUUCGCACUUCGCUUUCACAGGGAGCAGGCACUGGCCCUAACGGAACACCGUAAUUAUCUGAUAGUCCUUGUAGAAAUGUAUGCGAAUGUGCACGAUAUCGCCAUCUCUCUGUUACUAAGCAUACUGUCUGCUGUUCAUAGUUGGUUCUACCAUCACCAAUAAAAUAACUGUCUUUGAGCAAUCAAUAAGACUUUAGGUCUAUACGGUGUGUGUGAAUUACAUGCCUGAUAUUAUCUAAUAUAUUUAUAUGUUUUAGAAUGAUUAAAAAACCGAUGGGAGAUGGGAUUCCAAAGUGGUUGAUGAUAUCAACCUUAUUUGUUGUGGUCUGUGCGUUAGCUGUUAUAGAGACAUUACUGCCACUUCACACCUCUACAUCGAUCCCUCCGCCCAGACAGUAUAGUGUGAAUAAAUCUUCAAGUCACAACAGUAAUAGAAAAUAUAUAGGGUCGAUUGUUCAAAAAGAUUUGUUACAAAUCACGCCAAAAUCGUCAACAAAAGGUAAAAGGCGAAAAGUAACCCACAUUGGGUUUUUAAAAGUAUAUAAAGCCGGUUCAUCAACAUUGGCAAAUAUUUUCUUUAGGUUUGGCAUAAACCAUAAUUUAACAUUUGUACUACCAACGAAAGGUUAUCAAUUUAUGGGAACAAAUUAUUCAGCAAUGCCAGUAAAGCCUGGGCAGCAUCGAGAUAUAUUGGCUUGCCAUUCCGUAUAUAGCCGCAUUUUUUUUGGAUCAGUGCUUCCAGAAGAUUCGGUAAAAAUCGGAAUUAUUCGUGAGCCAUCAGAACGUAUGGUAAGUGCCGCGUAUUAUUACAGAGACGUAUGGAAAAGGAAAUAUCUUUUGAAAGUUCCGAAAUUAAAUUUUAUCCAUAAUUUGGUUGAACGACCUGACUUGUAUGAAACUAAACCGUUUUCUGAAACGAAGAAUGCAAUGGGGCAUGUCUUUGGAUUUUCUCCAUCGAUCACAGUUAAUGAUACUGAGGCAAUAGAAAAACACCUUGAUCUCCUGAAGAAAGACUUUAAACAAGUUCUUGUAAUGGAAAGAUUUGAAGAAUCUCUUAUACUUAUGAAAAGAACUUUGAACUGGGAUUUAGCAGAUGUUAUUUAUUUAAAAAGAAACAGUCACGCCCAUCAGCCUGUGAUAUUUGGCCCUGAUGAACUUAAGAAAUUUAAAAACACGUGUUUCUUAGAUUACGCAGUUUAUGAAACAUUUUACGAAAUUUUUGAUAAAAAGAUUGACGCUGAAGGUCCCGACUUUAUAAAUGAAGUGGAACAUUUUAAUUCAGUGCUUCAGUCAGUAAGAGAUUUCUGCAAACUAGGUUCAAUGAACCCUCCACAAAUAUCCCUCAGAAUAUCUCAGUCUGUAUGGAAUGAACCUUUUGAAGUAACGAAACAAGAUUGUCACUAUAUGAAGAUGGGUGCAUUUAAAUUGAUGGACUUUCUCAAAGAACGACACAGGGAGAUGAACAUGAAUCAUGACAUAGUAUCGAGAUAAACUGGUUUUCAUGAACAAACUGUCGAGAUUAACUGCUUUUCAUGGACAAACUGUCGAGACAAUUGGUUUUUAUGUACAUAAUGUCAAGAUAAACUGGUUUUCAUGUACACAACGUUCAGUUAAACUGAUUUUGAUUGACAUAAGUAAUAGUUAUAGUAUGUGUGAGAGUGUGUUACCAGGAUAUAUCAGAGCUAGGGGUACA